AUGUCUGCUGCGCUUAUAAAUCGGUCUCUUACGACGGUUAGAACUGAGCUAGAGUUCCUUCGUGACUCGGAGGUCAUCACGGAAGCUUUAUAUGACCGUCUUAUAGCUUCGAUCCCAACAAAAUAUGACAAAAAUGCUUCUUCCUGGGACGUAGAUCGGCUCAGCGUUGGUUCGUCCGGGGAUAAACUUGCCGAUGAUUUGUCCAGAGUGUCUAUCAAUAGCUCAGUUGAGUCCAAGGAGCAAACCGUGGUGCCAAAAAAAAGUGAACCGGCUCCAGUUUCUGCCGAUUCGGCUCCACGCCCGGCACCUAAAGUUGAUCCCAAACCUUUGGGAUAUUGCCGUUCUCUCUACGAUUAUAACGCCCAGGAGGCUGGCGACUUGGAGUUGAAAAAAGACGACAAAGUGGCGGUGUUGGAACACCUUUCCGAAGAUUGGUGGAAGGGUUACCGGAGUGGCACCAGUCCAGCUGACGCUGGGGUUUUCCCUUCAAACUACGUUACGGUGAUUUCUCAGCAGGAAUUCGAGCUCCAGCGUGGCUCAGCACCGGUCCCACUUCCAGACUCGAAAGAUACCUUGAAUGACAAAACAACUUAUAACGACCAAUACGCUCCUCCGCAAUACUCACCAAACCAGUACGCUCCACCUAUGAAUCAGCAGCCCUCGUAUGGUGGUUAUUCGCAAUAUCCUCCUCCACUGACCAAUUACUAUCCUCCUCCACAACAGCAAAUGGUACCAAUGGGACAACCAGCGCCUCAACCAGUGGCUCAACCAAUGGCCGCCCAAGAUCCACAGUUAUACCAACAGCAAAGCGGUGGUUCUCAUCCACACUUGAAGAAAUUUGGAAGUAAGUUCGGUAAUGCCGCUAUCUUUGGUGCUGGUGCCACCGUCGGUAGCAAUAUAGUGAACUCUAUUUUCUGA